AGAAAUUUGAAGCACAUUUCACACACAAAAUAAUAAAUUAAUUAAGUUUCGCGAUAUCUUCAUUAAAUCUCUAUUAAAAUGACCUCAAAAACUGCAAGUAAAGCUGUUAAGGCACCGGCAAGACAAGGACAAGCAUUCAAGGAUAAGAGCAAGCCAGCAGAUAUUCGUCAAAGUAACAUAAAUGCUGCAAAAGCUGUGUCUGAUGCUAUCCGUACAAGUCUUGGACCAAGAGGAAUGGACAAAAUGAUCCAAGCAGCAAAUGGAGAAGUUACAAUCACGAAUGAUGGAGCAACAAUCUUGAAACAAAUGAAUGUUAUUCAUCCAGCUGCAAAAAUGUUGGUCGAAUUGUCUCGCGCUCAGGAUGUUGAGGCUGGUGAUGGAACAACAUCAGUUGUUGUUAUUGCCGGUGCACUUUUGGAUGCUGUAAACAGACUUCUUCAAAAGGGAAUCCAUCCAACAGCCAUUUCGGAUGCAUUCCAAAGAUGUGCACGUAAAGCAGUCGAGAUUUUAACUGAGAUGUCACGUCCAAUUGAAUUAAACGAUCGCGAAAGUUUAGUUAAGAGUGCUUCAACAUCACUCAACUCUAAAGUCGUAUCACAACAAAGCAGUUUAUUGGCACCAAUAGCAGUCGAUGCUGUAAUGAAAGUUGCUGAAGAGCGUGGAACCGAGAAAUCUGUUGAUCUCAAAAAUAUUAAAAUUAUUCAAAGUUUAGGAGGAACUAUUGAAGAUACGGAAUUAGUUGAGGGAUUAGUGUUUACUCAAAAAUCAUCUGGAGUUAAUGGACCAAAGAGAAUUGAAAAAGCAAAGAUUGCACUCAUUCAAUUCUGUAUUUCUCCACCAAAAACGGAUAUGGAUCAUAAUGUCAUUGUUUCGGACUAUGCAGCAAUGGAUCGUGUCUUGAAAGAAGAACGUGCUUAUAUCUUGAAUAUUGUCAAACAAGUUAAAAAGGCUGGAUGUAAUGUUUUGUUGGUCCAAAAAUCAAUUUUACGUGAUGCUGUUUCUGAUUUAGCUCAUCAUUUCCUCGAUAAAAUUAAAGUUAUGGUCGUUAAAGACAUUGAACGUGAUGAUAUCGAAUUUGUAUGUAAAACACUUGGAUGUCGUCCAAUUGCAUCAUUAGAUCACUUCCUCCCAGAGAAUGUUGUUAAUGCUGAUUUAGCCGAAGAAAUAAGCAGUGGAAUGAACAAGUUUAUUAAAAUUACUGGAAUUCAAAAUCAAGGUCGUACUGCAAGUAUUAUUGUACGAGGAUCGAAUAAAUUAGUAUUGGAAGAAGCUGAUCGUUCAAUUCAUGAUGCUUUAUGUGUCGUACGAUGUCUUGUUAAGAAGCGUGCAUUAAUUGCUGGUGGUGGUGCUGGAGAAAUUGAAAUGGCUUUACAACUUGCAGCCUACAGUCAAACCUUGGAAGGAAUUGAUGCAUAUUGCUUCCGUGCUUUUGCAGAAGCCUUGGAAGUAAUUCCAUCAACUCUCGCUGAAAAUGCUGGAUUAAAUCCAAUCUCAACUGUUACCGAAUUGAGAAGUCGUCAUGCACAAGGCGAAAAGAAUGCUGGAAUUAAUGUACGAAAGGGAGCAAUUACUGAUAUUUUAGCUGAGAAUGUCGUUCAACCACUCUUGGUUUCUACAUCAGCCAUUACUCUGGCUUCAGAAACUGUUCGUUCAAUCUUGAAGAUUGACGAUAUCAUCAAUACAUUGACAUAAAUGUCGUUUACAUUAAUUGCACAUGAAGUAAUAAGGAUCAAAAGAAUAACUCAUCAGUUUUUUGCGUUAAUAUCACAUAUUUUGUAUUUCCUGCAAUUUCUAUCCAGCAUUAAUUCUAACACAUUUCUUCGUUUUCCUUUCAAUUUUAAUUAAACUUUUAUUUUCUAAGCACAUAACUUAAUAAAAUAAAAAAUGAAAUGCUUAAUCAUUAAUUUAAAAGAGAACUUAUUUAUUUUUUAUGAUUUUCUACUGCUCAUUGGCUCGAAGCUAUCUCCAAUUCUC